UGAUAUAUAUCAGAUAUAUAUAAAAUGGCCAACAUGGUUGCUUUCGUUUCUGGUAGGUCGAGGUGAUUGCAUUUAUUCAUCGAAGAAAAACAAGAUGACUUUCCAUUAAUUUAGGACAGCGUACAUCCUGUUGGUAGUCAAAUCGUACCGGCAACAGGAUUCGCCAAAGUUCAUCGCGAUCACCAAAGAUUUCACCAAUCGUAAUAAUUAUACCGUUAAAAAAAAAACCUUUUUUGUAGCUCAAGAUGGUGAAGUUGUAUGCGUUAUCUAUUCUGUAUAAAAAUCCUACAUCAGCAACUACAUUAAAAGGAGCUUAUGAUGUAGAGUCGUUCUCGUUUUUUCAAAGAAGCAGUAUUAAAGAAUUCAUGUGCUUUGUUAGUAAAACUAUUGUAGAAAGAACACAGACAUGUGCCAGACAGAGUGUUAAAGAAUCAGAGUACAUGUGCCAUGUAUAUGUGCGUGCUGAUAAUCUUGCUGCAGUACUCAUUUCGGAUCAUGAAUAUCCCAGAAGAGUGGCACACACUUUGAUCACAAAGAUGAUGGAUGAGUUUGCAGUCAAGAAUCCACCGUCGACAUGGCCCUCAUUGAAAGAAGUGACUACUGAUUUCCCACAAAUCAAUGUAUAUCUAGCCAAGUAUCAGAAUCCGGUCGAGGCAGAUGCGCUAACAAAAAUGCAAAAUGACUUGGACGAGACAAAGAUUAUUCUGCACAAUACCUUAGACGCGCUACUACAGAGAGGAGAGAAGCUGGACGAUCUGGUUUCCAAGUCCGAAGGUCUCAGUGCUCAGUCAAAGGCAUUUUACAAAACCGCGCGGAAAACCAAUUCCUGUUGUAGCUUAGCUCCGUAGAAUGUAUAUCUCUGUUUUUGCGAGCUUUGUCGCUUCGUUAUUGAUAAAUGUGAUUUCGAAUUUUAUAAUUUUCUCAUAAUACAAGCAAAUGCCGAAAAUUGAAAUGAAUGAACAUAAAUUCAUAGGAACAAGAAGAGAUUUAUAUCCAAGAGACUUAUAUCCAAGAAGAGAGAAGGGGAGAAAAAUGGUAAAAAAAAGAUUACACACAUAUAUAUAAAUAUACAUAAAAAGGGAAUAUUUUAGUAAAUUUAAAAAAAGAUUAUAUAUAUAUACAUAUAAGAGAAACGAGAGAAGAUGGAUUUUUACCAUCGAUUUUUUGGCGGAACACAUUGGUUUAUUGAAUUCGUAGAACAUUUUGGAGAGAAAAAAGCAGCAAAAAAACCACUGCCGGUUCCUCUCACUUAAGUAAACUUUUUAUACGCGGAUAUUGUGCAUGUCCGUAGAAUUCGUCUACCUGCAAAAACGGCCCUAAGUCAUUGCGGCAUACUCAUAUGGGAAUUACUUCCGAAAUGUUUAGAAAAACUGACUGAUGGAACCUUAAGAAUGUCAAAGGUCGCCUUAAACACAUUCCGAAUGCACCCUUUCUAUGUAUCCUUUUUAUGUGCGAAUAAAACAACCACGGGAGGUGCGAGGAGGUUUAAGAUACAAUUAUCGAAUCUGCGCAGAAAUCUCGCAGAUACAGAAAAAUCAUAAGUAAAUUCUAUAACGUGUUAAAAUGUUCGCUCCAGAUUUUAAGAACCCAGCUACAAUUUUGAUAGAUCACAUAUUACACAAUUUCUCCUUGAGUUUUAAUUAACAAGUUUUUUUAUAUGUUGAUAUCAGAUAAACAAAAAUGACACUUUU